UCUUUCACGUCUUUGUCACCAGCGACCAUCUCACAGCAACACCAUCUGUUACACGCAAAUCGAUUCAAUCUCUGAUUACACUCGAUCGUUUACUUUUGAGUAGUUGAAUUUUGAUUUUCAGAUAGAGUCCAAUUGCUUUAUCUCCAAGAAGAAUUAGGCAUUUUUCUGGUAUCAGUUCUAGCUUAGGUGAUGGAUACAAGCAAUUGGAGGUUUCAGCUGCAAGCAGCUUCAAGGCGAAGGAUGGUGAACAGGAUAGUGGUUACCUUGAAGACGCAUCUUCCAUACUCUGGACAAGAGGGAUUAGACGAACUUAAUAAAAUAGCAGUGAGAUUUGAAGAGAAGAUUUAUAAUGAUGCAACAAGCCCGGUUGAUUAUCUGCAGAAGAUAUCAUUGAAGAUGCAGAGCAUGGAACCUACUGAUUGGAGGGCUCAACUGCAACCAUAUUCACGACAAAGGAUUGUGAACAAAAUACUGGAUACCUUGAAGAGGCAUUUUCCCUUCUCUUCACAUGAGGGGCUACAUGAACUUAAGGAAAUGGCUGACAGGUUGGAAGGCGAUAUUUAUACUUCUGCAACAACUACAAGCCAGUCUGAUUAUUUGCGAAAGAUAUCCUUGAAGAUGUUGACCAUGGAGGCUCGAUCACAAUACUCAAACUCUGUUGCUAAUAGUGUAAACCCCUCAGGUUCUCAAGUAAUGCAGCAAGUGAACAUCCAAGGGUUUCCACUUCCUAUUCAUGUUCCCUCUAAUCAUCCUCAACAAGGACAACAACUUUUGUUCUCACAGACAAUGCACGAUAACAUCGUUUCAAAUGGAAAGCGAGCCAUGGGUGAAUCAUCUUUUAAUAUUAUGGAAUCUGGUGAAUGGAGGGCUCAGCUGCAACCCGAUUCACGACAAAGGAUCGUGAACAAAAUAUUGGAUACCUUGAAGAGGCAUCUUCCAUUCUCUGGACAUGAGGGGCUAAAUGAACUUGUGAAAAUAGCUGUGAGGUUUGAAGAAAAGAUUUAUACUGCUGCAACAAGUCAGUCUGAUUAUUUGCGAAUGAUAUCCUUGAAGAUGUUGAGUAUGGAAAGUAGAUCAUUACAAAAUGCUAAUAUGCCUGGUGUAGGUGUGGAUCCACAUUUUCAAUGACACGGGGUUUAGCCAAAAGACUUAAAGACUAAAUGCAGCUACCAAGCACUUGUGGGAUAUAAAUUAAAUUGGGCAAUGUGUAAAAUUGGAUUGAUAAUAUAUAUGGAACAAUGGUUAAUAUUUUUUUUUUACAAAAUAUUUGGAAAAUAGUUAUAAAGAAUUAUAUAUAAUAAGAAUUGUCGAAA